AACUGCCAAACAAUUUUCAUAAUAAUAAAACUCAACUAGAAUCAUCAUCAAUCCCCCGAAAGCAUUUUCAUUUUCAUUUUCAUUUUCAUAUUUCCGGCAAUGGAUGCAUUAGUUCCGGUUCAAAGUGCUGGACAGAGACUUCCGCUUAGACUGCUCUCACCUUCUCUCCAUCGGUGUAUCGGUUCUGUCUCCAUCAGACGCUCUGUUUCAGGUUUUGCCAUGGACACAAGGAUCAGUUCCAGAUCUCCGUCGCAGUUCACAAUCCGAUCUCAGCAGUCGGAUUUGAAGGAGAGCUUAGGCGGUGUUGCUUCUUCUUCUGAUGUUAGAAUCAAGGAAUGGGAAGUAGACAUGUAUCAGAACGAAUUAGCUAUUAGCCAAGGUAUCCGGAUCAGGAGAAAACCUCCAAGCAAGGCUCCACUGGGUUAUUCUGGACCGUUUGAGCUGAGAUUGCUUAACGGCCAAGUUGCUGAUUCUCCCAGUAACAUCUUGGAGGAGAUUACAUGGUACAAAGACCAUGAAGUUUCCAGGAUGAAGGAACUGAACCCACUUGAGGCGUUAAAGAAAGCUGUAGAGAAUGCUCCUCCCACUAGGGAUUUUGUAGGUGCGCUUAGGAGUGCUCAUCAAAGAACUGGCUUCCCUGGUUUGAUCGCUGAGGUUAAGAAGGCUUCUCCAAGUAGAGGAAUCUUGAAAGAGAACUUUGACCCGGUCGAGAUUGCUCAAGCUUAUGAGAGAGGUGGUGCAGCGUGUCUCAGUGUUUUGACUGACCAGAAGUAUUUCAAGGGAGGCUUUGAAAACUUGGAAGCAAUAAGAAGCGCUGGUGUGAAGUGUCCCCUAUUAUGCAAAGAGUUUGUUGUAGAUCCAUGGCAGAUCUACUAUGCUCGGGCUAAAGGUGCUGACGCAGUAUUGCUUAUUGCUGCUAUAUUGACUGACCUUGAAAUAACCUACAUGCUUAAGCUCUCCAAGAAGCUUGGUUUGGCUGCCCUUGUUGAGGUGCACGAUGAGAGAGAGAUGGGUCGUGUUCUUGGAAUAGAAGGGAUCGAGCUUGUUGGCAUCAACAACCGAAGUCUUGAAACUUUUAAAGUGGACAUUAGUAAUACAAAGAAGCUUCUUGAAGGAGAGCACGGUAGACAAAUCCGCGAGAAAGACAUGAUUGUGGUUGGCGAAUCCGGCCUGUUUACACCUGAUGAUAUUGCCUAUGUACAAGACGCUGGAGUUAAAGCGGUAUUGGUUGGUGAGUCCAUUGUGAAGCAAAACGACCCUGAGAAAGGCAUAGCUGGACUCUUUGGGAGGAACAUUUCUCAGACUUAGAAACCAUGUCCCUAAAACUCACAUCUCCAACUAUGUUUGUUGGUACAUUUGUAUCUUGUUUCUAUGAGAAUUGAAGUGAGACUAGAAAGGCUUGUUUGUUUUCUCUAUUGUAUCAGAAUUCUUGAAGAACCACUGAAUAAAUUGAAUCAAAGAUUUGAUUUA